AUGUCCCAGCCUCAGGCCAUGCUGCUCUUGCUGAUCCUUGCUGUCCUGGGGACGCCCGCCUUUUGUUCAGAAAAUUACUAUGGCAGGACAACCGGCACACAUUUCUGCACUUCCAUACCCGAGGGAAAAAACUUAACAGGAAUUCGGAUGUAUGUUCGCAAUAACAUCAUUAUGGGUGUCCAGAUGAAGCAUGGAGACCAAUGGGGUUCACUGUAUGGCUAUUCAGAUGGGAGUCUGGAGGAACUGGAACUGAAUGAUGGUGAAGAUAUCAUGUCACUAUAUGGCUCAUACAACUCCUACAUGCGGCAAAUAGUCCUUUAUACUACCAGGCCACGAGAUAAGAUUUUUGGGACUGCCAAAGCUAAUAAUGAGUUCACCGACUACCCUCAAGAUCCCUCCCAUGUGCUUCUGGGCUUCUGUGGCUAUUACGUGAGGGGUGGCUUUAAGGCCAUCAGUGCUAAGUGGGGGAGUCCAGGUGGUAAAUGUACAGAGUGA